AUGACCAAAAACAACGGAAAAACUAUUAUUAAUGUUUUUGGAAGAGAAGAACCACUUAUUAACGAUAACGUUCUUGAAAGAGAAAAACCACGUAUUGGUAGAUGCUUUGCAAGGCACGUUCGGCGUUUUCUCCGUUAUAAUGCACGAAACGUUAGAAACCGAACCAUAUCCUUGAAGAAACGAAUUAUAGUUAAUGAGCAGCAUCAAAGGUUCAAAAUAAAGGGACUCCGUAUGAAUUCUACCACUAGAUACAAAACAUACAGAGUCCAUAUAUCAAAUAUGCCAAGAUGCUCCUGCCAAGACUUCGAAAGGUAUAGAUCAUGCGAGCAUAUGAUAUAUGUAUAUUUAAAAGUGUUGAGAAACAACAGAUACAUAUACCAGCGUGGUCUUUCGGAUGAAGAUCUACGUAGGCUUUUUGGCAAUUAA